AUGGCGUCACUAGCGAUCUCAUCAAAGCAGAAGAAGAAAGGGAAAUUGACUGUGCGUAGAGGACGAUCGAAGAAGAAGUCAUGGACCCGCUUGUCACACGGCACGCGUUGUGCGUCGAAGCGAGCUCAGGAAUUCGCGGGUCAGGAGGAGCCAGCAAGUAAUACAAGCAUCGUAAACCAUGUGUACGAGCGUGAUUCGAAGAACUACGGCGAAGCAAUGCGAAGCUCUAAAAGCGAGGAAUGGAAGAAGGCGAUGUGUAAUGAAUUGGAAGCGCUCGAGAACAACGACGUUUGGCAUCUUAUCAAGCUUCCGAGCAGCAGCAAUGCACUCCACACGAAGUGGGUGUACAAGACAAAGAUGACUGCUGAUGGGGAUAUCGAACGCCUUAAAGCGCGAAUUGUGGCGUGCGGCAAUGAGCAAGUGUUUGGAGUUGACUAUGUCCUCACAUAUGCUGCCGUGAUGGACAUGUCCACGGUGAAGAUAACAUUGGCUCUUGCAGUUACGUGGGGAGUCGUCGCAAAGCAUGGUGACUUCCCAAAACCUACGUAA